GAAGAAUCACGUCGUUGUUUUAAACCGGAGCGGGAACGGCAUUCAGGCUCUACGGUUGUUUAUUUUUCAACCAAAACAAAUAUUUCAGACAUAUCUAAAUAGGAUACACAUGUGAAAUAUAAAAAAAAAAUCGGUAACGAACAGCACGUUAAAUGUUCGGUGAGUAAAUUUUAUUUUGUGUUCCAGCAUCCACUUUUGAUGACAUGUUUCCUUACACAACCGACGUUUGGGAUGCUUAGCUGCGUUCAAUAAACUGUAUAGAUGAAUAACUUACAACAUCAGGAAAGAAAUGUUUUCGACAGAGAUUUUUUCCUGUUAAGUUGGCAACUGAUUUGAAACUUUCUUGGGCGAGUGAAUGUUAAUAUACACAGUCGAGGCCCGUAUUUGACAUAUUUCUUCCUGCUACGCUGUGAAAUUAGACAUUAGCAUUUGAAUAAAACGUCUCGCGAUUUGAAGUCAUUUGACAUUGGCUUCCAACGUAACCUAAGGAUGAGUAGACCAUUGUUCAUGAAGACGUACGGAAAAAAACAGACCCGGAAGUUGAACGCUUGGAUCUCUCCUGAUUACCGGAAACAUGCGUUCGCAAGCACGUCCUCCUCAGAUCUGUCCAUCGGCAGGCCCACCAGCCCGAAACCCCCGGUUCGGAGGGUGAGGAAGAGCACUGCUGCUGGCCGUGGAUUGGUGCGGUCGGCAAAGACCAAAGCCCUGGCCUGCCUGGGAGACAGUGAUAGUGACGGAGAGAACGUCUUCAUCCAUCCUCUUCCUCAGAGUCAACAGCAGAGAACAAACACUGCCAGGAGCGCUGGAAGGAAGCAUGCUGUGAGCACCAGUGAAAGUGAUGGUGAGGCGUCCCUCAGACAGCAGAACAUCAAACGCCCCAGAAUCACCAGAACCAAGACCCACACAGAUCCCACCCCAGGUGAAGCUCCAGGUCGUUUUGUGACCCAUCGUAGGGCAGCUAAUAAACACAAAGCCCCCAAAAGGAGAAAUAACGUCCUACUGACCUGGCCCAGUCCCAACUCCUCCAACGACUUCGUCCAGGGUGGAGGGGGCGGGGUGCGCCGUGCUUUCCCUCGCCGCGCCACACGGGAGCCUCGCCGUGCUGUGGUCAGCUCUGGCAGCCCAUUGGCUGACCUGGAGAACUGUAGCACUGGCAGCGGUUUCCUGCGGGAGGUUUCUCUGAACGAGUUAUCCGAGCGUUCCCUGGGACCCUGCCGCCGGAAACCCCUUUUCUCCUCCACUCCUUCUUCACGCUCCUUCACUCGCCCUCCACGCCUCCAUCCCUCUAUCUCUCCCACCAGUCACCUCCUCGUUCUGAGCAGCUCCCAGGAGGAGAUGGAGGUUCCGGAUGAACCCCUCCCUGUCCCAAUAACAGAUCCCCAUCCUGGGCCUGGUCAGCUCUCAUCUCGGGGUCAGUUGCCGGGACAACCAGGGUUAGGAAACUGUAAAGAACCACCAUCCCAUGCAUCACCUAGUCUGGGAAGUAGCGAGAGCCAGAAUGGAGGAUCAGAGAUCCAACAUGGUGUCGUUAAUCAGCUGAGCCGGGCGUUGAUAUCUGUAGUUGCCUGUGAGCAGAAUGGCACAGACAGGGACGGAGAGGAAACUGAAGGUGGCAGCCAUUUUGUGUCAGCGACGGUGGGCCGGGAUUGGUUGGCUGAGGUAAAGGAGAAGUGUCUGGCACCUGGCUGUGUCGUACGGUUAGAGAGAGUGGACAAACUGCACCAGGACACCACAUACUCAUCCUGCAUCGACCUCACACCCUGUCCUGACAGCGCUCACUCACACGACCACCGGGAAUCUGCGGACCUCGCGACCCAGACUGAUCAGCCCAGCGUUCAGAUUAUCUCAGACGAUGAUGAGCCUUUUGAGUGCAACACCAGGCAGGUGAAUGGCGGUCAGUGUAAGUACCAAACACAGUCAGUGAAUGGCGGUCAGUACAUCCGAAGGGAUCGCUCAAGCAUCCGAAUGAUCUCAGUCAACAGUGAGAACACUAGGCUGACCGAUGAAGGUCAGUCCCUGGACUCUACUCUGUCUAGGUGCCAGAACAGUAAGGAGGCGUUCAGCCUGGAGGCCAAAUUUAAGCAGAAAUGUCUGGAGGUUGACUGUCAGGUUCUGCUGGAGAGGCUGACCACAACCCACCCACCCACAGAAACUUUACAUUCCUCCUCUUUGCUCAGUCACACACGGUCAGACAGCGGUACUUCUGGAAAAACCGACCGCUCCUACAACCACAAGACACAUUCAGACAGCGUUCAAUCUGAAGACCGGACUCGGCCAGCUAACGUGGCAAGGAAAAAAAAAGUUCCCAAAAAAUGGAAGGCCGGCAUGGUUCCCAAGGAAAGGAAGCGUAGGAGCAUGUCGAAGGACCGGGGUGGGGUUCGUCCACGGACCAGUCGAAAAGCUUGUGUGAGUGGAAUGAGUGUUGGCCGGUGGGGUGGGAGAGACAGAGUUUCCAAAGCAGCGCCUCCCCAUGGCCAAGCUGGGGACUCCAGCAUCACCGAACUGCUGUCUGCACAACACACUCACAAGGUGUUGGGUGAUAAUGUGAUGUUGGGGACUCCCGUGCGGCGCAGCAGACUCCCACUGUCCUCUCUGUUGGUCAACCUCAGCCCCGACACUCACUCCUGGAGUCGCCUCAAAGCUGCCCUUUCUGUACACAGGAAGACCAAAGCCUUCCUGACCCCUAAAGGACUACCCCGAUACCUGCUAUCUUCACCGAUGGGGAUACGGGCGGAGCUAGCAGAUGUCAGUCAAGACCUGUUUGCCACGCCUCUCCGCACGCCCCUCCCACAACACCUCCGCUCACAGUUAAUGAGGAGCACUCCGCUGAGUGUGUGUGAGUUAAAUCAGGACCUCUCGGAUGCUGAGAAGGUGUAUUCUGAGUGUGGCCAGGCUGGUCCAGUGAGCUUUCAGGACUGCAUCCCAUCGGACAGGAUGAAGAACAUCAGCAAGAUUGGAGAGGGAACAUUUGGAGAAGUCUUCUCUACCAACAACACAGCUGGAGAACUUGUCGCCCUCAAGAUUAUCCCAGUAGAAGGCAGUGAGCAGGUGAACGGAGAGGAACAGAAGACAUUUGGAGAAAUCCUCCAUGAGAUCAUCAUUUCCAAGGAACUGAGCAGUCUAAAGGCGAAGACACACAACCAGACCACUGGCUUCAUCGGACUAAAAGAUCUCCACUGUGUUCAGGGCAGGUAUCCUCCAGACCUGUUGAAGGCUUGGGACUGCUUCAACACUCUGAGAGGAUCAGAGAAUGACAGGCCAGAUUUCUUCAGUGAGGACCAACUGUUUCUGAUCCUGGAGUUUGAGUUUGGAGGCAGUGACCUGGAGAACAGCAAUGGAAAGCUUGCAUCAGUGGGGGUAGCGAAGAGUAUCCUCCACCAGGUGGCAGCUGCAUUGGCUGUGGCUGAACAGGAACUCCAUUUCGAACACAGGGAUCUCCACUGGGGCAAUGUGUUGGUCCAGACCACCAAAGACAAGCAGGGGAGCUUCAUGCUAAAUGGAAUGAGCCACUCCAUAGAAACCAGGGGGGUGUCUGUACGCAUCAUCGACUACUCCCUCUCCAGGCUGGAGAUAGAUGGUCUGACGGUGUCGUGUGAUAUCUCAGAAGAUGAGGAGUUGUUCCAAGGGCAGGGGGACUACCAGUUUGACAUCUACAGAAUCAUGAGACAGGAGAACAGGAAUGUGUGGAGUGAAUUCCACCCCCACUCCAAUGUACUGUGGUUACACUACCUGUGUUCCAAGCUGCUGACCAUGGCCUAUCGAAGCCGAGGUGGGCGGGGCAUCAAGCAAACCAGGAUGGACCUGCAGCAUUUCCAUGACAACGUCCUCACCUGCAGCUCUGCCUCUGAAGUGCUUCACAACUGUAGUCACCUGUUGCUGUGAGUGUGUGUGUGUGUGUGAGAGAGAGUGUGUGUCACUCUUAGCUUUUUAUUAUUCCCAAUUGGGACUUCCUGUAAAUUGUUUGUAGUCAGCUUUUAUUUACCAUAUUUUGCAUGGCACUUGUGAAAAAUAAUGGUCUGUAAUUGUAGUAUGAUGUAAAUAAAAACACUAUGUUUAAAGUAUUAUAUUUUAACAUUGAGGUUGUAAUAAGACCUGAUUGUGUCCUUUGUGUAAAAGGUGUUUCAAAAUAAAAGUCCUGUUUGGGAUAGAUGUAA